AUGAUAAAUUCGCAUGAUAUCACUAUGAUUAGCAUCAUUCUCGCUAUUUUUCUUAUCAUUACACCUUAUUAUUGCUGCAGUAUACCACCAGAAGCAAAAAUGACAACGGUUCAAAUAAUACUUUAUCAUGGUUAUCCGGUACAAGUAUUUCAUGCAUAUACCAGUGAUGGUUAUAUUUUAGACCUUCAUCGUAUUCCAUUUGGCAAAAAUGGAUAUUCCAUUAGUCGUAAAUAUCGACCAGCAAUUUUCUUGCAACAUGGCUUACUUGGUUCAAGUGCUGAUUGGGUGGAAAAUUAUCCCAAUGAAUCUUUUGGUAAUUAUAUCAAAAAUGAUUCAUUUUGGAAAUUCAGUUGGGAUGAAAUGGCAAAAUAUGAUUUGGAUGCAAUGUUUGAUGUGGUAUUAAAGGUAACAAAACAAAGAAGUCUGUAUUAUGUGGGCUUUUCACAGGGCACAUUAAUUAUGUUUGUCAAACUUUCCCAGGACACAAAUUUUGCAUCAAAGAUUCGGAAAUUUUUUGCAUUAGCUCCAGUUGCAACUGUAGCCAAUGUGAAAGGAUUAUUCCGAUUAUUUGCUACCAAAAUUUUUCCUAGUGCUAAGUUAAUUCAGCAAUUCUUCGGCAGUAGAUUUUUUGCACUAAAUAGCAAAUUAACAAAGACAAUUAGCAUGCUAAUUUGUGAAAUCUCUUUUUUCAAUCCAUUCUGCAACGAUAUUAUCUUUCAAAUAGCAGGUCCCGAUAACGGUCAAUUUAAUAAGAGUCGUUUAUCGGUGUAUAUCGGUGGCGAAGGUGGUACCUCGGUAAUGAAUAUGAUUCAUUGGGUACAAAUGAUUAAUAGUGGAAAAUUGCAAGCUUAUGAUUAUGAAUCAGUGAAAGAGAAUCAAAGGCAUUAUGGAAAUGAUUCACCACCAAUUUAUGAUAUUAGUUCAGUUAAUGUUCCGAUUUAUUUGUAUUGGAGUCUGAACGAUUGGCUUGCAAAUACUAUAGAUAUUCGGAAAUCACUGCUAUCAGUUUUACCGAAUAAGUCAAUCAGAGGAGGAAAAGUAUUCAAAAAUUACAAUCAUUUGGAUUUCAUUUGGGGUUUACGAGCGGCUAACGAAAUUUAUCGAUCAAUUAUAUCGAUUAUUCAUAAAGAAAGAAGUCAAGAAAUUUCUUAA